AACCCGGAAGUGUGUGACGUUGCAGUUUAGACUGAAAUUGACGGUUUGCGUCUGAACGUUUAUCUUAUUUUCUCUGGUUAAAAGUGGUUUUAUUUUAGUGUCUGUACGUGUUUAAAGGUUAUACGUUGCUUAUUCGUCGACGUGUAGUUCGUGGACCGUCACAAUGCGCUUGACAUUAACGGCUGUGGUGUUGGUGUCGAUAUUUCUGUUUAUUUCCGACGGUGGUCCGGUUCGCCGUGAUACCGGUGACGUAACCAGUAAAACACACGACGAGGCAGACAAAAUAACGGUGGCCGAUGCGGUCGCGACGACUGUCCGACCAGCCAGCAAAAGCCAAUCAGAGGAGAUGGGCGAGGAGAUGGGCGAGACGACUGCCCUAUUAAAGGGCAAGAAGGAUGAGAUUCCUGAACAAUCGAAUACCGAGAAGAAUGAGAUGACUGACCGGUCUGUGGACAAGACGAAUGGGACACCUGAAAAAUCUGUGGACAAGAAGGAUGGGACGACUGACCAGCCUGUGGACAAGAAGGAUGGGACGACUGACCAGCCUGUGGACAAGAAGGAUGGGACGACUGACCAGCCUGUGGACAAGAAGGAUGGGACGACUGACCAGCCUGUGGACAAGAAGGAUGGGACGACUGACCAGCCUGUGGACAAGAAGGAUGGGACGACUGACCAGCCUGUGGACAAGAAGGAUGGGACGACUGACCAGCCUGUGGACAAGAAGGAUGGGACGACUGUCCAGUCUGUGGACAAGAAGGAUGGGAUGACUGUCCAACCAGUUGACAAGAAGGACAUGACAACUGAGCACCAAGGGGACAAGAUGGAGACGCCAAGCAUCCAGACUGAAGACAAAAAAAUUACGGGCCUGCCGGACACAGAAGAGAAGACGACCAGUAACCCUAAAGAUCAACAAACCACCAUUAUGAAUGAAAGUGGAGAGGAAAAGCUAAAACCUGAGGAAGAGGGCAAGGAUAAACCUGAGGAAGAGGGCAAGGAUAAACCUGAGGAAGAGGGCAAGGAUAAACCUGAGGAAGAGGGCAAGGAUAAACCUGAGGAAGAGGGCGAGGAUAAACCUGAGGAAGAGGGCAAGGAUAAACCUGAGGAAGAGGGCGAGGAUGAAGCUGAGGAAGAGGGCAAGGAUGAAGCUGAGGGCGAGGAUGAAGCUGAGGAAGAGGGCAAGGAUGAAGCUGAGGAAGAGAGCGAGGAUAAACCUCAGAAAAAGGACAAGAAUAAACCUCAGAAAAAGGACGAGGAUAAGCCUCAGAAAAAGGACGAGGAUAAUCCUGAGGAAGCAGAUGAUACUACGACAGAUUAUGACACGGACGAUAAUCCUAGUGUUGGUGUUGAUGGCCGUAAAGACAUCAGGGGUGAAGAGGAAUUGGAGAGAAACGGAGGGAAGAAGGAGGUGUUUACUCCCACACAGGAGGGGGAGAGCAGUCACUUCUUUGCCUACCUCGUCACCACUGCCUUGCUGGUGGCCGUCCUGUACAUCGGACAUCACAACAAGCGCAAGAUCUUUGCGUUUCUGCUUGAGGGCAGGAGGACGAGGUACACGCGGAGACCCAAAACAUCAGACUAUCAGAAACUCGAUCACCAUUGAGACGGCGAGUCGUGGUGACGCUGUAAGCUGCAGAAGAGUUACCUCAGCUCGACUGAAGGUUACACUGAUGUUUCCUGCUUUAGUCCAGUCUGAGCUCAAAGAUUUUUGGUGUAUUAGACAUAGAGAGAUAUCGUGUGAAUGUUUCUUCUUUUUUCUUUGGUUCUUUAUGCUCGUCCGUUUGUUUAAUUUGAUGAGCAAUGGAUUAAAAGUGUAUAUUUGGUUUUGGGUUAGAUCUGUCCAUGCAGGGUCGAUAGAGAGAGAGAGAGAGAGAGAGAGAGAGAGAAAGAGAGAGAGAGAGAGAGAGAGAGAUGUAGAAGCUUCCAGAAUUCAGGGCUUAUUUUUGAAGUAAACGGCUUUGCGCAGGCCGGGCUGUGGCAAUGUGCACUCAUUAGACCUCAAUUAAACUCUCCUUAGACCUCAACUCUGCUCUUUAACCCCCUUUUUUUUUCUUUGGUCCAAGCCAGCUUCAGAAUAACUCUAAUGUUGUGCAAUGUUGUAAAAGUGAUAAAAGCACAAGUAAAAAGAGAGAAGUAAAUUAUAGUCUGUCUGUUGCACUGUGUGUGUGUAAGGUGGGUGUAAGGUGUGUGGGUGUGUGUGAGGCGAGUGUGUGAAGGAUCUCAGGAUGACUAGGAUGAUUCAGGACUUAGUACAGAGCGCUUCCUCUUCAAAGCAAAGAAAAUGGCUUCUAGUGACCAGAUUUAUUUAAAUUUUCCUUUCAGGAAAUUUCCAUGCUAAUGAUUUAGAAUUCUGGUUUCAUCUUAACACUUAGAGCUACAACUACACAGAGGACACGCUUCAAAUGUUUAGUAUAAUACCGAACUGUGAUCUAAGAAGCAUGCAGCAUGAUUGUAAUGUGAUUAGACAAUAGAAUGAAAAGGACCAAACCACCACCAGCAGCAGCAGCGGCAGCAGCGCCAUUACAGUUAAACAGAUAAACAUCACUAUUAACACUCUGUGGUCAUUUAUCGUGAGUGUCUGGUGUCGCUCCUGAUGUGCUUCUAAAGUAUCGUAGCUCAGUUUUGUGCUUUUUUGUGGUGUGUGUGUGUGUGAUUUUGAAGUCUGAGCUCAUGUUCACUGAAUGUAAACAGAACGAUGUCGAUUAUAAACAGCCAUAUGAAGACAAUAGGUGAACGAUCAAAGGACGACUUGAAGGAGAUUUAUUUUAGAAAUCUAUUUCUAUUUUCUGUUGAUCUUCAGACCAAAAAAAAUUGGAAUGUGUUUUGUUAUAAUGAUGUCAUUAAAAAAAGCAGAUAUAUAUGAUGUCAGAUUUCUUUGUAUAGAUAAUGUGUGUGUGUGUGUGUGUGUUAUGAAUGCUGGUUUUCUUGCACUGUCUGUUGAAAGUGUGUGUGUGAGAUCAGGAAAUGAACACAACCACUGUUCAAACCUUUAUAGAUGAAUAUAAAGAUGAUCAUGUUUCUGUCUAAGGUCUGAUUAAAAUGCUGUUUUUGGAUAAAAUCUUAAUUAAAAAAAUCUUUAAUUUCUGUA